AUGGCUGGCAGCGACACACAUAGCGGUGCUGUACCGCUGAGGUUUUGCCCUAACAGCAACGAUCUACUGUAUCCCAAAGAGGAUCGUGUCAACAAGAAACUAGUAUAUUUCUGUCGAAAUUGUGACUACACGAUCGCCGCGACAGAGAAUUGCGUACAUAGACGCACGAUAUUCCAUUCCGCGUCAGAGAUAACCGCAGUUAUACACGACGUACGAACGGAUCCAACGCUGCCGCGUUCUAAAGAUGUACAGUGUUCACUGUGUGAUGCAAGAGAGGCGGUCUUUUUCUCGCAGACUACUACAGAGGGAAUGUCUUUGUUCUUUCAAUGUAUAAAUUGCGGGAACAAAUGGAAGGAUACAGGCACCGUUGCGUAA